CCCCGAGUGAGGCGGAGACCCGGGCGGGCGGGCGGAGCAGGCGGCACCGCACCUCGGCCAGAGGCGGCUGCAGCAGCUGUCCUCGUCCCCUUCGCCGCCUCUCUAGUCCCUUCUGUGAUUACCACUCCAGCUGCUGGAAACGGGCGAGAAAGAGGAGGUGAGAAACUCCCACCGACCCACAGAGGGAGCAUGACUUCGGCAACUUCACCUAUCAUUUUAAAAUGGGACCCCAAAAGUUUGGAAAUCCGGACACUAACAGUGGAAAGGCUGCUGGAGCCACUGGUUACACAGGUGACAACACUUGUCAACACAAGCAACAAAGGCCCAUCUGGUAAAAAGAAAGGGAGGUCAAAGAAAGCCCAUGUACUGGCCGCAUCUGUAGAGCAAGCUACUCAGAACUUCCUGGAAAAGGGUGAACAGAUCGCUAAGGAGAGUCAAGAUCUCAAAGAAGAGUUGGUGGCCGCUGUAGAGGAUGUGCGCAAACAAGGUGAGACGAUGCGGAUCGCCUCCUCUGAGUUUGCUGAUGACCCAUGUUCAUCGGUGAAGCGUGGCACAAUGGUGAGGGCGGCAAGGGCUUUGCUAUCAGCUGUAACACGCUUACUCAUCCUGGCGGACAUGGCGGAUGUCAUGAGACUUUUAUCUCAUCUGAAAAUUGUGGAGGACGCUCUGGAAGCUGUCAAAAAUGCUACAAACGAACAAGACCUUGCAAACCGCUUUAAAGAGUUUGGGAAAGAAAUGGUGAAACUAAACUAUGUAGCAGCAAGAAGACAACAGGAACUGAAGGACCCUCACUGUAGAGAUGAGAUGGCAGCUGCCCGUGGAGCUCUGAAGAAGAAUGCCACAAUGCUGUACACAGCCUCCCAAGCCUUUCUCCGCCACCCAGAUGUUGCUGCCACAAGAGCCAACCGAGAUUAUGUCUUCAAACAAGUCCAGGAGGCCAUUGCUGGCAUCUCCAAUGCUGCUCAAGCUACCUCGCCCACUGAUGAAGCCAAAGGCCACACGGGUAUCGGCGAGCUGGCUGCAGCUCUGAAUGAGUUUGAUAAUAAGAUCAUCCUGGACCCCAUGACGUUCAGCGAGGCCAGGUUCCGGCCGUCCCUGGAGGAGAGGCUGGAGAGCAUUAUCAGCGGCGCAGCGCUGAUGGCUGACUCCUCCUGCACCCGGGACGACAGGCGCGAGCGCAUCGUGGCCGAGUGCAACGCAGUGAGGCAGGCGCUCCAGGACCUGCUCAGCGAGUACAUGAAUAAUACUGGAAGGAAAGAAAAAGGAGACCCUCUAAACAUUGCAAUUGACAAGAUGACCAAGAAAACAAGAGAUCUAAGGAGACAGCUUCGGAAAGCAGUGAUGGAUCACAUAUCUGAUUCUUUCUUGGAAACCAAUGUCCCUUUGUUGGUUCUCAUUGAAGCUGCAAAGAGUGGGAAUGAAAAGGAAGUGAAGGAAUAUGCCCAGGUUUUCCGUGAACAUGCCAACAAGCUGGUGGAGGUUGCCAAUUUGGCCUGUUCCAUCUCCAACAACGAGGAAGGGGUGAAAUUAGUCCGAAUGGCAGCCACACAGAUUGAUAGCCUGUGUCCUCAGGUCAUCAAUGCUGCUCUCACACUGGCUGCCCGGCCACAGAGCAAAGUUGCUCAGGAUAACAUGGACGUCUUCAAAGACCAGUGGGAGAAGCAGGUGCGAGUGCUAACUGAGGCUGUGGAUGACAUCACCUCGGUGGAUGACUUCCUGUCUGUCUCAGGUAAUCGCAGGCACCUUACCAGGCAGCUGGAAGAGGGAACAGGAUGA